CGCCGCGGGCCGGGUCUGUGAGGAAGGCCUAGGCCGGCGGCUUCGCGGCUGGUCGAACGUCCGCGCAGCUUCUCUCGCUUCCCGUCCGCUGGGGCCGGGCGAGGGGAGGCCUUCCGGAGCCAUGGAGGACGAGGUGGUUCGCAUUGCCAAGAAGAUGGACAAAAUGGUGCAGAAGAAGAAUGCGGCUGGUGCAUUGGAUUUGCUGAAAGAGCUUAAGAAUAUUCCCAUGACCCUGGAAUUGCUACAGUCCACGAGAAUUGGAAUGUCUGUCAAUGCUAUUCGCAAACAGAGUACAGAUGAAGAAGUCACAUCUCUAGCCAAAUCUCUCAUCAAAUCCUGGAAAAAAUUAUUAGAUGGACCAUCAACUGAUAAAGACCCUGAAGAAAAGAAAAAAGAGCCUGCAAUUUCAUCACAGAAUAGCCCUGAAGCAAGAGAAGAAAGUAGUUCCAGCAGCAAUGUAAGCAGCAGGAAGGAUGAGACAAAUGCUCGAGAUACUUACGUUUCAUCUUUUCCUCGGGCACCAAGCACUUCUGAUUCUGUGCGAUUAAAAUGUAGGGAGAUGCUUGCUGCAGCUCUUCGGACAGGAGAUGAUUAUGUUGCUAUUGGAGCUGAUGAAGAAGAACUGGGAUCUCAGAUUGAGGAAGCUAUAUAUCAAGAAAUAAGGAAUACAGACAUGAAAUACAAAAACAGAGUACGAAGUAGGAUAUCAAAUCUUAAAGAUGCAAAGAAUCCAAAUUUAAGGAAAAAUGUGCUGUGUGGGAAUAUUCCUCCUGACCUAUUUGCUAGAAUGACAGCAGAGGAAAUGGCUAGUGAUGAGCUCAAAGAGAUGAGGAAAAACCUGACCAAAGAAGCCAUCAGGGAGCAUCAGAUGGCCAAGACUGGUGGGACUCAGACUGACUUGUUCACUUGUGGCAAAUGUAAAAAGAAGAACUGCACUUACACACAGGUGCAAACUCGUAGUGCUGAUGAACCAAUGACAACAUUUGUUGUAUGUAAUGAAUGUGGAAAUCGGUGGAAGUUCUGUUGAGUUAUGAAGAAUUGGCAAAGUAUCUGGACCAUUAAGAAAAACUAAUUUUGUAAUUAGCUUUAAAAUUAAGCCAGGCAA